AUGCCACCCGCACCCGCACCUGCGCCACGACUGGCACGCAGCUUGGCAGAGGACUUUGUGAACUCAACCUCAACGAGCCCUUUGGCGGCCACGGCGGAAUCAAACAACAAGAAUUCCUCGCCGCUAAGCAGCGUUGCUUCUCCGUUGAAUUCUGCCGCAGCGGCGGCACCGUACGUCUCCGCAGCCUCGGCAGGUCCUGCCGCAGCUACCGAUGCGGCUGCCCUCCCCACCACCUCUCCCCUGCACGCUUCCGCUGUGUUUGGGUACUACAGCGAGUCGAGCGACGCAGAGGAAAACAAAGGAGACGAGCACAAUGAGCGCGUGGAGUACGACAUUGAGGAGGUGGAAGAGUACGAGGAGGAGGAGGACGACUGCACGGAAGAGGACGAACAGGUAAGCGAGUCAAAGGCAGACCCCCCGCCCACGCUGGACAACGUGCUGCAGCGCAUCUUUCGCGCCUACAGCGACUCACCAGACCGGCACAGCACCGAACCGCCGUCAGACAGGAGAGCCGCCGCCGCUGCGUCGCCACCCGCACACGAUCCUUCGCAAGGUUCAUCCUCCGCCACACGCGUUGCAUCGUCUGCCGCUGCUGCCACCGCCACCGCUGCUUCAAACUCCACCCACUCCCUCAUCCAACGGGCGGCAGAGCUUUACCGCCAACACCGCCUGCACCAGGCGCAGCAGCUCGACCACCACAGUCCGUUUCGCACCUCCGAUGAGGCAGCUUCAUCUGAGACGUCCAUGUCGACGUCACCGCCGACGGUCGAAUUGAAUGCCGACACGGAAAGCGACACCCUGGACAGCUCCGACAGCUCCGACAGCUACCUCUCCCCUGCCGCAGCAUACGCGGCGUUGAACACUGAAAACACGGCUCUGUUCGCCUCCCGGGCCGCGUUCUCCACGGCAGCAGCAGCAGCAGCAGCGAUGGCAGCAGCAGGGGUGGGAACGACAAGUGCGUCCCCCUCGCCACCAGCAACAGGCGUAAAUUCCUCUGCCGCUCCUGCCGCCCUCCCCUCCGUGAACUCCUCCUCCUUUGACCAGCUGGAAAUGACGUAUCGGCGACUUCUCCUCUUACAACGCGGUGUCGAGUACGUGGUGGAACGCACCGGCAUCGAGCGCUUCCCUCCGCCGCUGCCGCACCAGGACAAGGCGCAGGCACUCGCCCAGCAGCGCAACCGGCUCGUGGCACGAGAUGUGGAACUGCGCAGCGCCCCGCCCGGUGGUGCCACGCUGGAUGACGUGCGCGGUCGGGAAGCGGCAGCCGUGGAGGCCGCCGUGGCGUCGAUGGAGGCGAAGUUCGCCGCGGCGCUGUUGUUUGCGCGGCCGGUGAUUGACCGCGGUGCCGCCAUGGACGACAGGCGGCGUUUACUGAGCGAAAAAGAGCGGGAACUGGCGCGGCAGCGCGAGGCCCGCAUUAUUGUGGAGCGGGAGGUGACCAAACUGGAGGAGGUGCUGAAUGAUCGAAAGGAGCGGCUGAAGAAGCGGGAGGCGGACCACAACGCGCGGCUGCGGCAGCACAACGAGCAGCAGAACGCGGCACAGCAGCAGAUUGGUGAGGUGGAGCAGCUGAGCAAGCAGGUGUCCUCGUGGCUGGCGAUUUUGGAGGAGAGGGAUCGCCGGCUGGCGCGGAAGGAGAAGCGACUCCAGCGCGUGCAGGCAGAUCUGGCUCGACGCAACGAGGAUGUGGUGAUGUGGAAGAAGGCGACGCAGAAGGUGAAGCAGAUUCCACCUCCGCCCUCUCCUCCGCGGAUUAGCUAA